GGGCGGGGCCAACUCCUGUCCCUACGCCGGAAGCGGAACUGUCGCGAUUGUACAGCUGGAGAUUGAGUAGUAGUGUUUGUUGUCAUUUUUCCUCUGCGUUGAGUGGAGUUCGUAGCGUUAUGUCGGCUUCGGGCCUUCCGCCGUUGCCCCCACAGUUCAAGGCUGUUCAGCAUGUCCUGAGAACCGCGCAGGAGCUAGACAAGCGGGAGCCGGUAGUGGCCUAUUACUGCCGUUUAUAUGCUAUGCAGACGGGUAUGAAGAUUGAUAGUAAAACCCCAGAGUGUCGCAAAUUUUUAUGCAAGCUCAUGGAUCAGCUUGAAGCUAUGAAGAAGCAGUUGGGUGAUAAUGAAGCUAUUACUCAAGAAAUAGUUGGCUGUGCUCAUGUGGAAAAUUAUGCAUUGAAAAUGUUUCUCUAUGCAGAUAAUGAAGAUCGAGCUGGACGAUUUCACAAAAAUAUGAUUAAGUCUUUUUAUACAGCAAGUCUUCUGAUAGAUGUCCUGACUGUAUUUGGAGAACUAACAGAUGAAAAUGUUCAACACAGAAAAUAUGCCAGAUGGAAGGCAACAUACAUUCAUAAUUGUCUUAAAAAUGGAGAAACGCCACAAUCUGGACCUAUUGGAAUGGAAGGGGAAUACUAUGAUGAAAAUGAAGAAGUUGGUUCCCCUGCUCUGCCUGGCCAAGAAUCUCAGGCAUCGUCAGCUACCUACGAGCCAGGCAAUGCACCCACAAGCAAUUUCACUGGCAUACAUAUCCCACCAGGAGCUCAUGCUCCAGCUAACACUCCUGCUGAAGUUCCUCACACCACGGGUGUGACAAGUACUUCAAUUCAACCCACUCCUCAAAAUGUCCCCAUUGUAGAUCCUUCACUUUACAAUGUUCAGCCUGCAGGAGAAAUUCGUUUGACUCCUGAAGAUUUUGCUAGGGCUCAGAAAUACUGCAAAUAUGCUGGUAGUGCUUUGCAAUAUGAAGAUGUGAGUACUGCAGUUCAGAAUCUACAGAAAGCUCUCAAGUUACUGACUACAGGCAGAGAAUGAUGCCUUUGUCCGACGGAUUCAUGACUUGCACCUAAAGAAUUAACAGUCCCAUUACUCCUACCUUCAACCUGUGAGGGAAACAGUUACACAAAAGCUUUUGAUUUCUGUGACAACAAAAGGAAAUCUGUGUGUAUAAAGAAUCUUUAUACAGAUUCUUUCUGUAGACUAGUGUGAAGCUACAGCCCCUCACCCUUCAAAUGAUUGAAAAGAGGAACAAAAAUGAUUUGACUACCAUAGCUUAAAUUCUGGAUGCCAGUUCAUGGCAUUUUUAGUUCAUGGCUGUAAAUGCCUCAAAAUUGAUACUGUUCAUGAAGGUUUUUUAAUAUUCACAAACUUGAAAGGAAAAAAGGAUCAAUUUCAUUGGAUUGUGCCUAGAACUCAUUGCAAAUCUUACAUACAAUUGUUGAAAACAAAGUAUGCUUUUUAAUUGGACAUUCAUAUAAUAAAAUGAUAUGCCAGAAGAAAAGAAAAGCUGAAGAUGAGUUGUUUUUAGGAACUGUUAUAUCAACCAUGAGAGCUUUAAAGAUCCUAUAGGCAAACCACUGUGUUCUUGAUAAAAGUACAUGUCAGAAUUUUUUGUUCUUCCACUUUGGUUGAUGAAAGAUGAUACACCUCAAAUCUAAAAUUUAGAUCCAGACAUCUAAAUUUUGAGAGAGGUUGUGUUUGUUGUCAAGAUUGGAAGAGAACAUGACUGUAAUGCGAUGAUGAAAUAUUUGGACUUGAUUGAAGUUGAGAGUUCUUUAUUUACAUCUGCUGUUCACCCAGACAAAGAUUUCUUCACAGUCCCUGAGUUGUAUAUUCCACUAACAUGUUGGACCCUCUAUAAGUGUUGUUGAAUUAGGAAUAUGCUAAGAAUGCAUUUAUGAUGUUUAAUAAUAAAUAAAAACCUUUUAGUAUCAAAA